AUGGCCACCACAACCUCCCCCAAACUCGCAGGCCUGGACCUCGUCCAAGCCACCUACAAGAAAGUCAACGACCACGAAAUCCGAACAGACAUCCUCAUCCCCCAAAAGGCUCACGCCGGAAAAAGACCCGUCAUCAUCCGGUUCCAUGGCGGCGGCCUGGUAACCGGUGACUCGCUCUACAUGGAUUGGUGGUCAUACUGGGUAUCCGACCUAGCAAUUGAAAACAACGCCAUAAUCAUCAGCCCGAACUACCGCCUCCUGCCAAGCGCCACAAGCACACAGAUCUACGAAGACAUCGAGGACUUUUGGACAUGGGUGCAUUCCUCCGCGUUCAAGGACCUGCUCGCUGCACACUCCACCCCCACAGAAGCUGAUCUCGAUCGCAUCUUGACAGCCGGUGAAUCUGCAGGUGGAUUAUUGAGUGUUUCGCUUGCGCUUGCGCAUGCGCGCGAGAUUCGCGCAUGUACAGCUGCGUACCCGUGCGUGGAUCUUUCCGUGGAAGCAUACUCGAAGCCUCGGGAUGUGUUGCCGUUUGGUGAAGACACGCCCGAGAGUGUUUGGGACAAUGGUCUUGCUUCGUUUGUGGAUGUGGAGAGUUCUCUUGUGAGCGAGGCGAGGGGGCAGUUUAUGCUUGCGGGUGUUCAGUGGGGACGGUUUACUGAAUUGUAUGAAGCUGGGGCUAAGGGGGAUGUUGAGAUAAGGUAUCCUCAUUUGAGACUUGAGAAGACUAAGGAAAUUCCUGCUGGUGGAAUUGCUAUUAUUCAUGGCAGACAGGAUAGUGUUGUUCCGGCGGUGGAGAGUGAGAAGUUUGUUGCGCGGGCUCGGGAGGUAUUGAAGGGGGAUCCUGGUAGUGAGAGGAUUGUUCUGGCUUUGCAGGAUGGGGAGCAUGGAUUUGAUGCGGAGGUGAGAUAUGAGGAGGCUUGGUUGAAGGAUACGUUGAAGGUUGCUGUUGCUACCUGGCUGGAAUGA